AUGGUCGGUCCAACCGUCAACACCCGCGAUCGCCUUCGUUACGAGCACGUCCCGCUGACCUCGCCUGCGGACGAGGACAUAGUCCAGCAGGUGCCACUGGCGCGACCGAGGAUGCCUCCAGGUGGCCUUCUCUCGCUCCGGCAGACAGAAGAAUGUGUUCGUCAGGAUGAGGCGGUGUUCUGCGCAGGUGCGGAGGAGCAGCAGGCCGUUGUCGUUGGAGCCGCGGAGACCGUGAGGACCCAGCACUCCCCUCCAGGCGGUACGGUCUGUGCCGACGCGGGCGUUGAAGUCGCCAAGGACAAUCAACUUGUCCGCCUUCGACACAGUCGCCAAGAGGGCAUGCAGGUCCUCGUAGAAUUUGUCUUUGACGGCGUCGGGGCUGGUCAUCGGCGGAGCGUAGGCGCUGAUGAUGGUGGCGAAUUUGCCCCCUACCCCGCAGAGGCAGACGGAGUCUCAUCAGGCGAUCGUUGA